AUGGAGGUCCGAGUAGGCGUGGCCGAUCUGCUCAAAAUGGGCACCAAGCUCAUUGGCCACAAGAUCGUCCAGUAUCGCCUGGCAUCCAAGCAGACCAAGGUGAUUAGCACUCGGGAUGGCCAGGUGCGAGGACUCCGUCGCAGGACCCUCUACGAUGAAGAAUUCUAUUACGCCUUCGAGGGAAUCCCCUUUGCCCAGCCGCCGGUCGGUGAGCUGCGAUUUCGGGCCCCCCAACCACCACGGCCUUGGGUCGGAGUAAGGGAUUGCACAUACCCAAGGUCAAAGCCCAUACAGAAGCACUUUGUCCUCAGCAUUGUCGAGGGUAACGAGGAUUGCCUGUACCUAAAUGUGUACAGUAAACAACUUAAAUCGGACAAGCCGCUGCCUGUAAUUGUGUGGAUAUAUGGUGGUGGAUUUCAGUUCGGAGGAGCUGGACGAGAUUUCUAUAGUCCGGACUACUUUAUGAAACAAGAUGUAGUGUUGGUCAUGUUCAAUUAUAGAGUGGGAGCAAUGGGUUUCCUAAGCCUUACGGAUCGCGACCUGGAUGUGCCGGGCAAUGCUGGCCUCAAGGAUCAGGUGAUGGCUCUUCGAUGGGUCAGCCAGAACAUUGCUCAAUUCAACGGGGAUCCCCAGAAUGUGACCCUGAUGGGUGAGAGUGCUGGAGCUGCAUCCGUCAACGCAAUGAUGACCACAGAACAGACGCGGGGUCUCUUCCACAAGGCCAUCAUGCAAUCGGGCUCAAUGUUUUGCGAGUGGGCCAAUGAGCCUAGGGGGAGGUGGGCCUACCGCCUAGCCUGCCUACUUGGUUACUCCGGAACUGAAAAUGAAAAGGAGGUGUUCCGAUUCCUUCAGAAAGCACCUGCCUCUGAAAUAGCCGCCCAGGGAAUCCAUUUGAUUUCGAAGGAGGAGCAACGGGAAUACGUACUAUUUCCCUUUACGCCCGUUGUGGAACCCUAUAUAACCAGGGACUGUGUCCUGCCUCGUUCUCAUAGGGAAAUGGUGCCAGCAGCCUGGGGUAACGACCUGCCCCUGAUUGUGGGUGGCAAUUCAUUUGAGGGCCUCUUCUCCUACCAAAGCACCCUGUACGAUGAAGAACAUAUGUUGAGCGCCUUUGAGGCCCUCAUUCCGAGUGAAAUAAGAGAGAAACGAUCUCCGGCCCAGCUUAAGGAUCUGCUGCGUCAGUUCAAGGUGGAUAAUUUCGAGGAUGCCACCAGAGGCCGAAUGGAGUUCAAUGAGUGUCUGCAGAUACUAUCCAUCAAGCACUUUUGGCAUGGAAUUCAUAGAACGAUUUUAGCCCGCCAGCAGUACGCUUCCACAACGCCCACAUUCCUUUACCGAUUCGAUGUGGACUCCCCUCACCACAAUCACUUCCGUCAGGUGAUGUGCGGAAGGCAUGUCCGUGGAGUUAGCCAUGCGGACGAUGUCUCCUACUUCUUUUAUAACAUACUGUCCACCAAACUGGAGAAGUCCACCCUGGAAUACCAAACCAUCGAACGGAUGGUGGGAAUGUGGGUGGCAUUCGCCCGGAAUGAUAAUCCGAACUGCCCACAGAUCGCUCCGGCCUCGUGGGAUGCUCUGGACGACACAGGACCUCAUAUGUGCCUAAAUAUUGGAAAGCAGCUGGAGUUCAUGGAGCUGCCAGAAUCCAAGCAGAAUCGAUUUUGGGAUAAACUUUACGAAAAGCACGAUUUAUACUAGGGAAAAUGUGCAUAUUUAAUGUAUAAAUUGUAAGUGGAUUUCGUUAUUGCUGU